CACAGCGGAGUAAAGAUGGCGGCAGGCUCCGAUCUGCUGGACGAGGUUUUCUUCAACACAGAGGUGGACGAGAAAGUAGUGAGUGACCUCGUGGGGUCUCUGGAGUGCGAACUCGCGGGGCCAGGACACGCAAACGCCGGCGCGCGGCCUCAGGCCCUGGCCAACCAUGUCGGCGGCCCCACAGCGGGCGCGAAUGUCCGUGAGAGCAGAGCGGGUCUCGCGGCGCAGGAGGCAGCGGCGGCGGGGAAAGCAGGGACUCGCGCGCAGCCGCAGGGAGGUGUCAUCAACAGCACCAGGUCUCCAGCCUCAGCCGCCGUCGACUCCGGAGCCCCGGGGGUCCCUGCUUCUUCUGCACUCGCAGCCGCCCCCGACACCCCGGCUUCUUCGGCUUCUUCGGCUUCGGCGCCCGGACAGGGAGGAAAGCCCGGCGUGUCAGUCCGGGUGAAGACGCUGAACGGCGGAGGGGUGCCGAACUCGCACGGCUCGGGGAGCGCCGCGGAGCAGCGCGCGGCGGAGCAGCGCGCGGACAGCGCGGGACCCGCCGCCACACCUGUCAACAACGGCCCGGGAGCGGGCGCGACCCCCCAGGGCUCCGUCAUCCAGGCCUCCUUCGUGAGCGUGCAGAGCGCCGCCGCCCCUGCCCCCGCCGCGGCCUCGGCGCCGGGUUCGAGCGUCGGACCCACUGUGGCGCUCGCGAGGCCGCCCGUGCAUUUGGUGGCGGCGGCGGCUCCGGGCACGACGACACCCAACGGCAGCGGCGCGGUCGUCGCGUCCUGCGUCACGGGUGCGACCCCGCAGAUGGUGCAGACGGCGGCGCUGAGCAGCGGACAGUCGCCCAAGGGCGCCCCCCCGGCGGUCCCCCAGCCCGCGGCCCCGGCAGGGGUCUCCAAAAGCCCGGUGCUGCAGAGUUCCCCGAGGACUGCGACCCCCACGCCCGUAGCGGCGGUGGCUGCGGCGGCCCCCGCUGCGGGGAUCCGACCCAUCGCUCCCCAGGUGCUGGCCCCGAGGCUCCCCCAGGCGACCCAGAACCCGCCCAACAUCCAGAACAUCCAGCUGCCCCCAGGCAUGGUUCUGGUGCGCAGCGACAGUGGGCAGUUGCUGAUGAUCCACCAGCAGACGCUGGCCCAGAUGCAGGCGCAGUCGCAGUCGCAGAGCGCUAUGACCCCCCGGCCGGCCACGCCCACCAGCACCCCCCAGGUCCAGAUCGCCCCAGUCCAAGGUCCGGGCACCUCCAUCCUUACUAGGCAGAUGACCCCCACGACCAUCAUCAAGCAGACGUCGCCCGGCCAGGCCUCCGUGCCGGCCACUACCACGCUGCAGAGACCACCUGUCUUGCAGAACCCCAUUGUGAUUGGCGGCGCAGCCACAGCCACCUCCAUCGGCACCCCGGCGGCGGCGCAGCCGGGCGCAGCCCAGAGGGCGGUCGCAGCGACGCCUGGGGCUACCGUCACCACGACAACGGAGACCAUGGAGAAUGUGAAGAAGUGCAAGAACUUCCUGUCCACGCUCAUCAAGCUGGCCUCCAGUGGGAAGCAGUCCUCGGAAACUGCGGCCAACGUGAAGGACUUGGUGAAGAGCCUCUUGGAAGGAAAGAUCGAAGCGGAAGAUUUCACGAGCAGAUUAUACCGGGAGCUCAACUCGUCACCUCAGCCAUACCUUGUGCCUUUCUUGAAGAGGAGCCUCCCCGCCCUCCGGGCGAUGACUCCCGACUCGGCGGCCUUCAUCCAGCAGAGCCAAGCGCAGCAGCCGAGCGGCACGGCGAGCGGCACCACCCUCACCACCGUCGUGCUGGGCAGCUCUGUGCAAAGGCCCCCCGCCCCCUCGACGGCCUCCGCCAGCGUCGUCAGCGCUGCCGGCACCUUCCAGCAGCCCGUCAUCAGCCUGCCCCAAACGGGACACGCCAAGCCGGGCCAGACCGCGCCACUGGUGCUGCACCAAUCCCAGCAGCAAGGGGCCGUGGUACGACCGCCCCAGGUGACGCUGACCCAGACCCCUAUGGUGACCCUCCGGCCGCCGCACAGUCGCAUCGUGCUGGGUCAGCCGCAGGUGCAGGUGAAGCCGCUUCAAACAGUGCCCUUAGUGAAGCAAAGUGCCCUAGCGGGGGCGAAGGUGCCGGCGCCCCCAGUGGCCACGCUGUCUGCCGCCCAGAAGAACAAGCCAAAGGAUGCGGGGGGCGGCACCUUUCGGGAUGACGACGACAUCAACGACGUGGCGUCCAUGGCCGGCGUGAACCUGUCGGAGGAGAGCGCCCGCAUCCUGGCCACCAACUCGGAGCUGGUCGGCGCUGUGACGCGCUCCUGCAAGGAUGAGGCCUUCCUGUAUACAGCGACGCUGCACCGCAGGCUCCUCGAAAUAGGUAAGAAGUAUGGCAUCGUGGAGCUGGGACCUGAGGUGGUGAACUUGGUGUCCCACGCUACACAACAGAGGCUGCAGGACCUGCUGGAGAAGGUGUCCCAGGUUGCCCAGCAGAAGAACAUCUCCUUCAAGGACGACAGCCGGCACGAGCAGAUCAGCGAUGUUCGUGCACAACUCAAGUUCUUCGAGCAGCUGGACCACAUGGAGAAGCAGAAGAAGGAGGAGCAGGAGAGGGAGAUUCUCCUGAAGGCGGCAAAGUCUCGAUCGCGGCAGGAAGACCCAGAGCAGCUGCGGCUGAAGCAGAAGGCCAAGGAGAUGCAACAACAGGAACUGGCUCAGAUGAGGCAGCGGGAUGCGAACCUGACAGCGCUGGCUGCCAUCGGACCCAGGAAGAAGCGGAAGCUGGACUGGCCUGGGGGUGGGGCUGGAGCGGAGGGCUCGGGUUCUAGCCCCUCUCUGUCGGGCGGCUCUGGUGCGGCAGCCUCCAGACAGUUCACCCGUCAGCGUAUCACCCGUGUCAACCUCAGGGACCUGCUCUUCUGCCUGGAGAACGAGAAGGGCACCAGCCACUCGCACCUGCUCUAUCGCGCCUUUCUCAAGUAGCGCCCCCUCAUGGACACAAUGGCUGGCAGCUUUCAGCAACCGUUGGAUUUCCUCCCCCCUUUUUAAUUCCCUGUUUUAGCAAAUAUAAAUAUAUAAAUAUAUAUAUAUAAAAAAAAUUAUACAUUUUAAAGAGAACGCCUUUUUGUAACAUGCAAAUGAACAAAUGUACAAAGGAAGUCAUAACGUCGAUCCAUUUUCUAUUUCCGUUUAUACAAAAAGCUGUUUAAGAACUCAGAUUUCUAUGAGACAUAAUUGUUACAAUAAUUAUUUUGUUACUGUUAUUAGGGCCUGUGGAUUCUUUCAUUGGAACCAGACUUUUGCUCAUCAUUUACUGAGUUGCCUUCUUGCCAAAAAUAAGCCAUAUAUUUGUAUUUUCAAAGGCAAAGCAAUUAAUCAUGCGGUUACCGGGACAGUUGGAGUUGCUGGUGACACCUGUCUCCUCCUUGCUGGUUGAUUUUGACUGUAGGAUAAUUUAAACUACCUUUUUAUUUAAUUUUAAAAGUUAGGAGUAACUUAUUUAUACGUCGGUUUGUUCUCUUUUGUUGAGUUGGCACAUCUCAGUAGCGACCGGCUGCCGGCUGGAGAAGGAGUCUAUUGUUUCCAAAUAUUUUGAGAAGAGCAGGAAACUGGGAUGAAGAAAUAACUUUAGACAAGAGCAUUUGGUACAUUUCCUACUAAGAUUUAUGUAAUUAAUGCUUUAUUUUAAUGACACAAAAUGUACUUUUGAUUGCACUGUUGGUUGGUUUUGUACUCGACUAGGAUCGGAAGGAAGGAAAAAAAAAAAAAAAAACUUUUGGAAUCGGAAAGGAAAGGAGGGUUUCUGCGGAACGGCCGAGACCAAGCCGGCGUUCUCGGUGUUCGGAAGCUAUCGCCAGUCUCCACGUAUGACCUCAUACACAGGACAUACACACCUGGUGAAAACUGUACUACUUUUGCUGAUAAAGGUCUGCAUUCAAUGACAGGCCUGCUCCUUGUCACAUGGUCAUCUGGACAUAAAUCCCCAACUUUCUACUUAUUUUUCUAUUAAAUAUACUAAUUGGCUCUAUUUUUUUGCAAGCAUUGUAUUAUUUGACAGUAAUAUUGUACAUAUUUUGUUUGCCCUUUAUAACACGCAACUAUGCUGUUUCUCCAUUGAAUGGACUUGUUUGCUAUGUAAACCCUGUAAAUUACUCCUGAAAAAUCAGUAUUUUGUACCAGCGCUUAAUAAUUGUUCCUUAUUUUACAGAAAAUCAAACCCCAAUGUCCAGAUGUUCCCCUUUUUCUUGAACAUUUUGCACAGUCACUUGUUUAUAUGUAAAUAUUUUACCUAAAAAAAAAAAAAUUUUUAAUUGCUA